AGUGCUGUUCUUUUGCCUCGUGUUGAGGCCGAUGGGCGAUGCCGUUUCGUGCUGUGUUGCGGCUUCCGUGGGGUGUUUCGUUUAGGGUGUCUGCUGCUUUCGGUGUUGGUCCAUGAAUUCUCUUUAGCAUUUUGAGCAGUAGUAGUGUUGGAUUUGGGAGGACCCAGUUUGUGUGGCGACUCUGGGGUUUGAGUUUUGGGGUUGAAAAUAUAAUUUCAACAUGUCGAGGAGGGUUGCAAAUGCCACGAGGCGCUUUGCAGAUGGUGGAGGUAUCCCUUUCGUAGGUGCGAUGCAAUCCAAGACACGGUCGUCGCCUUUACUACCUAUAGGAAUUUUAGUUGUGGGUGCAAUCCUUCUGAUUGGCUACUCUUUUAGUGGAUCAGGAGGAUCAACCGGUGAUGGAGAUGCUGUAAGUAGAAUUGAAGGUGGUGUACCGUGCAGUCUUGAAGUGCUGAGAGCAUUACCUGUUCUGAAGAAAGCAUAUGGUGACAGCAUGCACAAAGUGUUGCAUGUAGGUCCCGACACGUGUUCAGUGGUGUCCCAAUUAUUAAAGGAAGAAGAUACUAAAGCUUGGGGUGUUGAACCAUAUGAUUUAGAUGAAGCUGGGGCCAACUGCAAAAGGCUUGUUCGCAGAGCAAUUGUACGGGUAGCUGAUAUCAAGUUUUCUCUUCCUUACCGGGCAAAAUCUUUUUCUCUUGUCAUAGUUUCGGAUGCAUUGGACUACCUGUCUCCUAGAUACCUUAACAAAACCAUUCCGGAAUUGGCGAGGGUAUCCACUGAUGGUGUUGUCAUUUUCACAGGCUAUCCAGGUCAGCAGAGACCUAAAGUUGCCGAAUUAUCAAAAUUUGGUCGUCCAGCCAAAUUGCGGAGCUCAUCUUGGUGGAUAAGGUACUUUUUUCAGAGCAAACUGGAAGAAAAUGAAUCUGCCACGAAGAAGUUUGACCAAGCUUCAAGUAAGCGGUCAUAUAAACCGGCCUGCCAGGUUUUCCAUCUGAAAUCGUUGCCUUGAAAUUCCCGCACUCAAGUCUUGUUCUCCGAGCUUCCGAAGUAACAUACAGGGCAACAAACUCCUUCAACCUUCCUGCCCAAAGGGUUGUGUUGACAACUGGAUUGCCCAAUCAGUUUUAGCGGUGAUUCCUUACAUUUGUUUAGCUUAGUAUGUAUUCAGGGGAGGAUGCACCAAGUUGGCUUCCACCCUUACAGAAUUCUGAGAAUAGGUUUGUUUUUAAGAAGCUGCUACUUGGUAGUUUCCUUUUGUGAUGUUUGAAACCUUUAGUCUCUAAUUUAUUGAAAAUGAUAGCUCAUGAAUUUUGAUGA